AUGCAUCCCAGUUCAACCUCCGGGACGCCUUUCUCAGUGAAGGAUAUUUUGAAGCUGGAGCACCACCACCACCUUGAUGACUUUGAAAAUGAAUUUCAUUUGAUGACUGAUCAAGUUGUUCCGAUGAAUUAUCAGCACGUGCACGCGUGUGCGUCCCGGUCCGUCCGGCCGGAGCCGCGCGUGCACGGCCCGCAGGAGAGGCUCGACGUUCACAGCAGGGCGGCGGGAGAGGAGACACCGGAGCAGGAGAUAAGCGGCCCAGAGAGUUCACCUGACUGUGACAGAAACUCCCCGAGCGGCGGACCACCCAGCCGGCUGCGCAGGAAGCCCCGCGUUCUCUUCUCCCAGUCCCAGGUCUCCGAGCUGGAGCGGCGCUUUCGGCAGCAGCGCUACCUGUCCGCCCCUGAGAGAGAGCACCUGGCCCACAUCCUCAAACUCACCUCCACGCAGGUCAAGAUCUGGUUCCAGAACAGGAGGUACAAAUGCAAGCGACAGCGGCAGGACAAGUCUCUGGAGCUGGCGGGGUUUCCGGCCGCACCGAGGAGGGUGGCCGUGCCGGUGCUGGUGCGGGACGGCAGGCUCUGCGGCGCAGGUUCGCCUUCAGCGGCGCCUUAUAACGUGACUCUGGGACAUUAUAAUUCUGUGUUGUAUAGAAACAGCAGCGUGUAUGGCUGCGGUUAUCACUCUGUGUCGCCUUCACCUGCACAGCUGACUGAUUUAACAUGUGGAACCAGUGAGGGGGCCUUUAACCACGGACACUUCCAGGCGUCUUUACAGGGUGUCAGAGGCUGGUGACUGG